GAAUCCUAGGGAUGCCGGAGAGCUCCACUUCCUUGAUGAGUAAAGCCUAGCUGCCUCGGGCUGUUAGAAGUGAAAAUGUCUGCAAUGUUAAGAAAGUCGCCAACACCCCUUCCGCCAACUCCAGCAGAGCCUGGCAGGAUUCUGAUCGUAAAGAUAGAAGGGGAAGAGCAGGCCUGCGCUCAGGACUGUGGCCUCCACUGGACCAACUGCUACAGCCCAGAGGCCUUCCGCCAACAGUUCAGGCACUAUGGCUACCAGAAUGCGCCUGGGCCCCGGGAGGCUCUGAGCCGGCUCCGCCAGCUCUGCCAUCUCUGGCUGAGACCCGAGGUGCACACCAAGGAGGAGAUCCUGGAGCUGCUGGUGCUGGAGCAGUUCCUGGCUAUCCUGCCCGAGGAGCUGCAGGCCUGGGUGCAGAAGCAUCAACCGGAGAAUGGAGACGAAGCUGUGAUGGUGCUGGAGGAGGUGGAGCGAGAGUUUGAUGCGCCAGCCGAGCAGGUCUUGUUUUUUGGACCAAGAGAAAACACAUUUGCAGAGGCUGGAGCACCAUGGCUAGUAACGCAGGAGUUACCGAGUAGCCGGUUCAAACCCAGCAAGAAGCAGCUCCCCUGGGCAUCGUGGGAGCUCCAUGCCUUGAGACGAAACGACGCAGAUCCCCAAACUGUAAGUGUGGAAUCCGCUUCAAAGCAACAGCCGUCCACAGGCAGAGAGCGGCACCUCGAUGUUUCUGCCGCCCUCCGGACGAAUGCCGCUCCGAGUUUCACUCUUAGAGGGACCUGCGGACAAGCGGCCAGGUUUGAAAGAAGACAAGGAAACCCCGCUAGGAAAAAACAACACAGGUGUGACGAAUGCGGGAAAAACUUCAGUCAGAGCUCAGCCCUCAUCCUCCAUCAGAGGAUCCACAGCGGGGAGAAGCCGUAUACCUGCAGCGAGUGUGCAAAGGCUUUCAGCCGGAGCGCAGUCCUUGUUCAGCAUCGGAGAACCCACACCGGGGAAAAACCCUACACGUGCCACGAGUGUGGGAAAGCCUUCAGUCAGAGCUCAAAUCUUUUCAGGCAUAAGAAGAGACACACUAGGGAACAGGUCCCAUCAGUGUCAUGAGGGAAUCGAAGCAUGUCCUCAGUUGUUGUUGUGUUUUGUUGUUUUCCAACAAGAAGAAGACACGAGGCAGAAACUUUCCUUGGGUAAAAAUCAGUGGUUUUACUGGACACCCAUCGCCUUCCUUCACGGGUCAACAAAGCCACAGGGGAGAGUGUAGGAUACUGUACAUCCCUAUUGUUUACUUUUCUGCUCAACCAUCCAGGGUCAGCUCUCAUGUUUGCGAUUCCAAAGCCUGAUUUAAAUUUCCAUCUCUGAGUAGUGCGGGGAAAGACAUUCUCAGACAGGUGCUACUGUGUUCAUUAUUAACACAAAUGCUAAUUAGUAUCGUCCUUGUUAGACAAGUGCAUUUCUCCCCUGUUGAGAAGGGAUGAGUGAGUUAUACUCAGCAGAGAAAUAGUUAUUCACCUCCAUUUCAUAGUUUGAGCAUUGAAAAUCUAAAGACCAACAAUUAGAGUGCUGUUUUUUGUUUAUUCACUGAUUUUUCCUAUUCUGCCUUCAGUUACUAGAUUCCAAAUAUUGAACUAGAAUUAAAGAGACCCCAAAUAAUAUGUACCUUCAGAGCCCCCACUGAAAUUCCCAGGGUUGUCAUGACGGAAGCUGGUAAACUAAGCGAUUUCAUCUCUUCUGAAAGUCCACAAAACUCUCCUCGCUAUUGAUGACAUGAAUUCGCCUUUUAGGAUAAAACAAUAAUCUCCUUUCCAACGUGAUUUGGAAACACUGAGAGUGAAGAAUGUGCUGCCAGGGAGUGGCCGACACAUAGGAAUGUUUGAUGGUUAAAAGGCAUGCUCUCUGAGGGCUGUGAGGUUGAUGAUUAGCUCAACGUGAAGGAGAAAGAUGAAACGUGGAUCUGGGACACUGCAAAGACAGCACCGUGGAGAAGCUGCCACAGCUUAACGUGGCAGCUGACAAGCCGAGAGGUCCCAUAGGUUAAAUCAGCUUUGAAUCCUUCAGGCAUCAAAAGAUCGCUUUUUCAGGGUCUUCUGCGUUCUCAGUAAGAGGACUUUUGAGACAGGUUGUCGUGAAAUGAGAUUCUGGCUUUUCGAAACUCCUGUACAGCGGAGGAAAUCACUCAGUUGUACCUGAAAGAGCACACUGCAGUCCCUUACAAACUAUUGUCAAGUCUAACCAUUUUCAUCAAUAAGUGUUAAGACAACAUUUUUAGAUCGCCUUGAGAAACAAGUUUUGCUCAUAAUAAAUCCAAUUCCCUGUUUCACAACAAAAUGACUGAUUUGUAUGUUAUUAAAAUUACUUUGAUAGUGUA